AUGAACCAUGUCACUAAUACAAUUGUCAAACUAACCUUCCUUCCUGUCGUCUCAUUUCAUCGUCUUUUUCCUAAUCUCUCUCUCUCUCUCACUCUCUUUCUCUCUUUAAUGAUACUGGCUGGAAGUUCUGUUUUCACCCUCCCAUCUUCCCCCUCCAUUUUUUCUUCAACCUCCCACCUCGCCCUUCCACAUUCACUCGCCUCCAUAUCAAAUCCCCUCUUCUUCUCUCACCUCCCAACCCCGUAUCAGCCAGUCCAUUCCCUCUCCCUACCCCCACCUUCUUCUCCCUCUUUCUCUUCAGCCACCUUUUCACCAACGACACCUCCUUCCCUUCCGCCGACCCUAUCUCUCACCUUCCACGUCUACCCUCCGCAUCUUCCUUCUUUUUUUCCCCAAUCCAUUUCAAUAACCCACCUCUCCCUCGCGCAGUCGUUUACCGUACCUCCCCCACUUGUUCCCACCCAGCCCACAUUUGCCUCCUUACCUUCCCGACACACAUCUUACUCCCUUCUCAGCAACCCUCCUACCACCCGUCACUCCUUUCCUUCCUCAAGCCACAUCGACAAACCACCCCCUCAUCUGCUUUUUCCCCUCCACUCUUCCUCCCACGUGCACCUGCCUCCCCUUCUUUCUACUCACUUUCCUCCUACUACUCCUCCUGCCACCACCAGACAAGACAGACAGACAGAGCAGAAAAUCUUCCCUUACCUUCUCGGUGUCUUCUUCUUCUUCUUCUUCUUCUUCUUCUUCUUCUUCUUCUUCUUCUUCUUCUUCUUCUUCUUCUUUUCUGGUCGUGCGCGUUCUUCUUCUUUUUCUUUAUCUCUCUCAGCUGCUGCUGCUGCUGUUACUUCAUAG